AUGGAGUGUAUAUAUAUAUAUAUAUAUAUAUAUUCACUUGAGUGUUGGCACUAACAUAAUAACUUUGAUUGGUUCCGUGUUUCAACUGAGAAAAUGUUGAGAAGAAUUGCAUCAAUUUUGUUGAUUGGAAUUUUGGGUUUAGCAUAUGAAGCCAUUAAACCUCCACCCCCAAGAACAUGUGGUUCACCAGGUGGUCCACCCAUAACAGCACCAAGGAUAAAGCUGAGAGAUGGAAGACAUUUGGCCUACAAAGAACAUGGUGUUCCAAGACAAUUAGCUAGCAAGAAGAUUGUAUUCUUACAUGGGUUUGGUUCUUCUAGACAUGAUGCAGUGAUUGCAACAAACCUACCUAAGGGGUUGCUUGAAGAAUUGGGAGUAUAUGUUGUGUCAAUUGAUAGACCAGGGUAUGGAGAAAGUGAUGCUGAUCCAAAAAGAAGUGUAAAGAGUUUGGCUCUUGAUAUUGAGGAACUUGCAGAUAAGCUGGAAUUGGGAUCUAAGUUUUAUGUCAUGGGAUUUUCAAUGGGUGGACAAGCUGUUUGGGGUUGCCUCAAAUUCAUUCCUCACAGACUUGCUGGGGCAACAUUGAUGACUCCAGUAGUAAAUUACUGGUGGCAUGGGCUUCCUUACAACAUGUCCACACAGGCCUAUUAUGAGCAACCUAUACAAGACCAAUGGGCACUUCGAGUUGCUCAUUAUGUUCCAUGGCUUACAUUCUGGUGGUUCACUCAAAACUGGUUUCCUACAUCAAGUGUAGUAAAAGGCAAUUCUGCUGUUUUGUCUCCCCAAGAUUUAUCAAUUGUUUUCAACAUGUCUGUUAACAAAGAACAUCGGUCACAAGUGAAACAACAAGGUGAGCAUGAAUCUAUAUGCCGUGACACGAUAAUUGGAUUUGGAACUUGGGAUUUUGAUCCACUUGAUCUUGACAACCCUUUUUCAGAUAAUACAAUCAAAGUUCAUCUAUGGCAAGGUGCUGAUGAUAAGCUAGUCCCCGCUACGCUGCAACGAUAUAUUGUUCAAAAACUUCCGUGGAUUCAAUACCAUGAAUUGCAAGGUGCUGGUCACUUGUUUCCAAAUGUCGAGGAAGUGAGUGCAGAGAUCCUCAAAACACAGUUGAUGGAUACGAAAUAGUGCACGAAGUUAAGCUACCGUUGUUAAUUUUGGUAUUUAGUGUUUUGCGCCCUUAAAAGUGCAAAUUGGAAGUGACAUUUUACUAUUAACAUUUACCAAAAUUUGAAACAAACAUAUGUACUAAAGUUCAACUUACCUAUACAUUUAUAAUCCAGUAUUGCAUACACAA